CUUUAUUAUCAGCCUUCACACAUCUCGGGUCCGACAUAGGCAGAUAAUCUCUCCUCUGCUUGCCGAUUCUUGAAUUUACUCAUGCAAUUCUAGUCACUAACGGUCGUCAUCUCAGUUUUGUUAUUUACACCCUUUUUUCAACUUGUUCCAUUUUUUACGUACCGCAACCACCAGCAUCGACCGCCUACUGAGUUCGCCCGAAUUGCAGUCAACCCGACGACGCCUGUGGCCGGAUGAGAACUCACCCCACUACAUUCUCGCCGGUGUUUCACAUCGCAUCGCCAUAGAUGCGCACUCUGUUCUACCCAAACCAGCGUGCCACGAAUCUUAAAUCUUCUCAGGUAUUAACCUGAACAGCCUCCGCGGUUGUGCAUGAGAGGAUCGCCUUUACAUCGUUUCGCUACGGUCCGCCGAAGGUCCCCAUCAGUUGCAAGCACCAGGAGAAAACUCCUCCCAAGGGCCAUUGUUCGACUUCACUGAGACGUUCACGCUCCACCAACCGACGAUUUUGUGCUGAUUUCGCCAUACUUUCGCACCCAGCGCCAUGGAUCUGGACCUGGAUCCAGAUCUACAGGAGGUAGGGAUGGCACAAAUUCGGGAUGGAGCUCGAGUUCAUGGCGACGACGAUGAAGAUCUCGUCUCCGAUGCCGACUCAGAUGAAAUGGAGCUGCGAGGGGACAUCGCAAAGUUUGAUCAGUCCGUUCGAGAGUUUCUCUCCUCCCACCACGGUGGUAGUGGUGGUGACGGCGGCGGCGGCGGCGGCGGCGCUGUUGACGAUCAUGAUGAAGGCAGUUCCGUCCGGCCUCUACCUAUCUCGAAAAACAGGAACACUCAUCGAGGGGGCAUCCGAGGGCCCCGGAAGGCUGCUGAGCCUCGAGGUGACAUUAAGCUCCGUCUUGCAGGUGUCAACCAGGCCUUCAUGAGCGGCGAUUAUGCCCGCGCGCAGAAUCUUGUCUUCGAGAUCAUCAGAAUCAACGCGGAAACCCACCAAGCUUGGACUGUCCUGGCAUCCAUAUUCCAGGAGGAGGGCCUCAAUGAUAAAGCCUUGAUGGCUAUGGUUAUUGCUGCCCAUCUGCGGCCCAAAGAUUUUGCAGCCUGGAUGAAUUGUGCGUCCUUUGCCAUGAGCCUUGCUGAGGCUGGCCAGGAGGGCGCGCUCAAAACAGCACUCAUGUGCUAUUCUUCUGCUAUCAAAGCUCAACCGACCAGCCUCGAUGCGAGGCUGGGGAGGGCUGAAGCUAGCCAUCGUCAGGGAUUCCUAUCCCAAGCCAUCACCGAAUUCUCUUAUGUCAUCGAGCGCCGACCGCUUGACAUAGAUGUCGUGAGAAGGUUGGCCGAGGCCUGCGUUGACUCUGGCGGCAUGGAAGACCUCCAAAAGGCCGUUUCGGCAUACAAAACAUACUUUGCGCAUGCACGGACAGCAGACCGCAAUGUGGAGAGGGAGCUUUCGUGGCAUGAUGUCGGCAUAUAUGUUGAACUGUUUGCUUGCGCCGGAGACUUUACCAAUGCCAUCGCGGAGCUCAAGUCACUUUCGCGUUGGUUACUUGGACGACAGGAUGAUCACAAGUGGGAUGACUGUGUUGACGACAGAGAAUGGGAUCGCGACCACGGACGUCGUAAUCUAUUCCCUUCGUUCGAGACUGCUGCCCACGACCUGUAUGCUUAUGGUCUAGGGCUGCCUCUGGAGUUCAGGGCUCGUCUGGCGCUAUACCGGCUGAAGAUCCAGGACGAGGAAGAAUCGAACGGGCACCUUCAAUGGUUAGACCCAACCGAAUCUGCUACUGCUACCGCCAUUGAAAACUUUCCCUACCUGAUUCGUGAUAUUGCCGAUGAACUCUUCACCGUUCAGCGGUAUUCCGAGGCGCUCGACUUCUACGAACUUCUUCGACAGUCCGCCUACGGUCAAGACGCCACUUUGCUGCUGCAUCUUGGUCAGUGCUACCUCACAAAGUCUGAUCUCGUGGCGGCGGAAGAUUGCUUCCUUGUGGCCAUCGAGGUUGACGAAAACAACAUCGAUGCUCGUAUUGAGCUGGCCAGAAUAUACGAAAAGGCCAAGGAAGAGGAGGAAGCCCUGAUCCUUGUUACAGAAGCCAUUGCUCUCCAGGGCAUCACUGAUGGCAGUAAUCAGUUUGGCGAUGGUAGGGGAGACCCCAGUGGCGAUGGGGGCCGGUCUGCCACAGGGGCCCGCGCUUCUGCCUUGGCUAAUGGCAGCAAACCGCGUCGCAAGAGGGAGACAAAGCGCCAACCAGCCAGCAGCGGGAUUGUUCGACCAAGAUACCGCCCCAAAAGACUGGUCGCUCCAGAUCAGCGCAUGCAAGAAGAACGUGCUCGGGCAGAUGAGCUCACAAGGCGUUACGAGAUUGUGCGCAAUCUGAAGAAAGACAUCCAGGCCGGGGAUCACUCAUUGAUACCGACAUGGAUGGCCGCUGCUGGCGAGCUCGUGGGCGAGUUCAGAUCCUUCAGGAAAUUCUACCCUUGGGACAAGUAUCUCAAGUUCCUCGGCGCUGCCAACGAUGUAGUGUUCAGUGCUUCCUUGAGAACACAGCCAGGUCUCUCUGAACUGGCAGAACGACUCUCGAAAAACAUGGCUCCGUCACUCUCCGACGACAAGCGGAUGAAUGUCGCGUAUGAAGAUGAUGGCUAUCGCGGUAUUCCUUUUGGCGAAUGGCUCGAACUAUUCCUCGACUACGCCAUCAGUCUGGCGCUCGCCAACCGCGCAGAGGAGGCAUACCAGGUUUGCGAAGCGGCCCGAGAUUCCAUAGUUUUUGUCAACUCCAAAGAUUACAUGUUCAUGAUUCAUGUAGCAUGGGCUGCUUGUGCGAUAUAUCUUUCUGAUGAGGAGAUGUGCGUGGCUGUUGCCAGGUUCUUCAUGAAGGUCCGACAACUGGACUCGGAUUCGUACCGCAUGUUUGCCGCAUUAUGCAGAUUGUGUCAAUCCCCAGCUUCAUGGUACAAUUCAGGACCCGCCCAGAAGUACAUUCUGCGCCAAAUCAAGAUCAUCGAUGCCUCUCACUUGGCCACGACACGCACAGAGCGCGGUCAUGAGAGUGCGGUGGGGGAACGGGCAGGCCUUGCGGAGGUCAAACAGCUCGAUACUUGCCUGCUAAUGCUCUACGGACACAUCUUGUUCACGUCGACGAGCUACACAUUCGCAUUAAAUUACUUCCUCCGAGCGCGAACACUGGACCCCCUGAAUCCCAUGAUCAACCUCAGCGUAGGACUGGGAUACAUACACCACGCACUUAAAAGGCAAGCAGACAAUCGACAAUACCUCAUCAUGCAAGGGUUCGCCUGUGUGUUUGAGUUCUGCCACUCAAAGCUUUCCGGGACACCGGAUGAGAGGAGGGAGGCGUUCUUCGGUGUGGCAAGAACAUUCCAUAUGCUUGGUUUACAUCACCUGGCGCUAGAAUGGUAUCGAAAAGUAGCCGCUUCAGAGGACGCAAAAGGCUCUGAAGGCCCCGAUGUGGCCGAGCAGCAGGGCAGCCCCAGCAGCCGGGAUGUCAUAUUGAGCGCUGCUUAUAAUGAGUACGCACUCUUUAUUAGCAGUGGAACCGCCGACGAACUGGAGAGAUCUGUCUUGCCUCGGUUGGUGCUCUAGGAUCCGCGUGUGGCUUCGGCCAUCUUCAUAGAAGCCAUGAUCUGGGACCCAUGAUGUCUCUUUGGUCGGAGAAGAGAUCGAAGGCAGUUGAAUGUAUGCACGUACCUGAUUAUUCGGA